GAAGGGCGUCCUCGCUGGAGGCUCAGCGCUUGUGGCUGCAGCUCGCACGUGGAUGCCCCCAGCGUUGUGUCCUCCACGCCCGGAGCGCGGGGCCUCGCGAGCCUUCCAGCCCCCCCAGCUCCGCCCGACCCGCCCGCGGGGAGCCCCGCCCAGCCCUGGGUCCGCGUCUGCUUCCGAUCUAAAUCAAAGCUCUGUCCUCUCUACUGGGUGACUCAUAGGAAAAUAAAAGGAUACAGUGCCCAGAAUCCAGCUGUCACCUCUCCUGACAUUUAAACAACUCUCCAGUUCCUCAGACCCCUCAACCCCUCCAAGAACGCAAAAGAUUCAAUUUUUUCAUCACAGUACAUGCAUACAGUGGGCAAAAAGCAAAGCUUGGUAAUCACCUUGGCAUUGCCUAGCUCUGUGAUGCUGAAGACAUUCUCAUUUCUAUGCAUUACAGAAGAGAUUCAGACUUCCAGAGUUCGUAAGCUUUGGAAGAUGCCAGUUGAGCAUUCUGCACUAUGGAGACAUGUACCUGACACCUUACAGGCAACUAUAGGCCUAGUCUUCUUUUGACCAUGGAAGAGGAAGCGAGUCCUCUGCAUUUCUUGUAAACUGCACUGCAUGUUUGUUGGUUAGGCUGGAGGUCACAUCCAGUGAAGGUCUGGGGCUUCGUGACAAGUAAGACGGAAAUUGUGCAUAGGACUGGAAUCUCAUGGCAUCUCUCUCCAUCCUCAGCUUUGCCUGCUUAGUGCUCAGACUGUUUGUGAGUGAAAAAACAGAGAAAGCCACCUGACAACUAAGUUACUGACAAUGCAGCCAUUGGAAUCAGUGACAUUUGAAGAUGUAGCUAUAGACUUCUCGAAGGAAGAGUGGGCCCUGUUGGACAUGUCCCAGCGAAAGCUGUUCAGAGAUGUAAUGCUGGAAAAUAUACGUCAUCUGGUCUCUCUGGGGUAUCAGCAUUGCAAAUCAGAUGUAGUUUUCCAGUUGGAGCAAGGAGAAGAGCUGUGGAGUGAAGGAACUGGAUUUCUCCAAGGCCAGAGUCCAGGCAGAGAAAGUGCCCUUAAAGAACAAGAAAUGGUAGCCACACAACAUAUCAGCAGAAAGGACACAUCUGCAAUCAUACCAGCACAGAAAUCUCAUACUCCAGAGGAUCCCUUUGAAUACAGUGAUUUGGAAGAAGAUUUUACUCAUAGCUUCAUGUUGACUCAACAUUUGUUAACUCACACAGAAAAGACACCUUUUAUCAGUAAACAGUGUCCAAAAUCUCUUAGUGACCAGUCAUACCUUAAUCACCAUAAGCAAAUUCACACUAGAGGUAAAUCGUGUGAGUGCCACCUGUGUGGAAAAGCCUUUAGUAAUUGCUCGAGCCUUAGGAGACACGAGAUGACUCACACUGGAGAGAAACCGUAUGAAUGCCAUAUCUGUGGGAAUGCCUUUAUUCAAAGCUCUGACCUUAGAAAACACAAUCUAACUCACACUGGAGAGAAACCAUAUGAAUGUCAUCUGUGUGGAAAAGCCUUCAGCCAGUCCUCCAACCUCAGACAGCACGAAAGAACACACACUGGAGAGCAACCAUACGAAUGUCAUCUGUGUGGGAAAGCCUUCAGUAAAUGUUCUGCCCUUCGACGCCAUGAGAGAACUCACACUGGAGAAAAACCUUAUGAAUGUCAUCUAUGUGGGAAAUCCUUCAGUCAAUGUUCUGCUCUGAGACGACAUGAGGGAACCCACAAUGGAGAGAAAAUUAUGAAUGCCUUCAGUAAAUAUUCCGACCUUAGGUAACAUGAUAUUAUAAGCCUAAGGAAUGUGGAAGAGACUUCAACCAUAGCUUUAACACUUAAACACACCAGAGGACUUGCACAUUGAAGAAAUUGUCUGUAAUCAAUGUAGAAGAUCCUUCAAUCAUUCUUACUCAUUUGACAUACACAAACUUACACAGAAGAAAUCCCUUUAUGUGUGACAUUUAUGCAGCAAAAGCAUCCAUCAGUGGUCUGACCAUAGGUAACAUGAGAGAACUCACUCUGUCACUAUAAGGAAUGGAGAGGUCUUCAGCACCAGCUCUCACCUUUAAACACACUAUUGGGCCUGCACGGGGGAGAACCUCUAGAUCUAUAAUCACUGUGAACAGUAUGCCACCAGCACCAGGUGUAGUGUACACAGAAAACCCCAGUGAAGUCUGAAUAAACACUAACACAGGAUGUAAGGAUGAAUAUUCUUGAGGAAUAUUCAUACUGGGGUGAAAAAUCCUCAGAAACCCUUUGUUCAUAAAGAAGCACUUGGGGCUGUACAAAUCACUCAGUGUCAGUGAUCACUUAUUUCUCAGCCAAUACUGAAGUUCUUAUAUGAAGAGAUGGCAGUUGUGAAAUCACUGUAGAAAAUUCACAUUAGAAAACCAAGUCUAGGGAAGAAUCUCUAAAAUUAGAGCCUCUAACUUUCAAUUUAGCCAACAAUUCAAGAUUUUGAGAAAAAUAACUAUUCAUGGGGAAAAUGUGGCAUAUAAAUGCAAAAAAAAGUGAUUCAAGCAUAUUGAAUACAGAAUUUUAUAAGAAAUAAAACUUUUUCAAUACAUUAUUACUUGUAAAUAUUUAAGCAAUAAACCCUACUGCUAAUAAA